AUGGCAACAACAGAGGGAGAACGAGAAGGAGAAAAAGGAGAAUCUCUGCGCCUCGAGGGUUUGGCAGAGGCGAAGUUCCAAAGCUCCAAGAAUGAGAAACCAGUUCUGAAAUACGCGAAGCGAGCAAAGCGCAUUGAACGUGACCUCGACGGCGUCUCGGAGGAGAGGAACACUUUCUGGACGGCGUGCUCAACUUGCAGGCUCUUGCACCAGUUCGAGAGGAAGUACCUGGGUCAUAAACUGGUUUGUCCUAGUUGCAAUAAGAGUUUUAAGGCUGUAGAAGCGGUUCAGAAUGAUGGGUCGCAGAAAGAGGAAAAGAGGGUUAGGGGAAGGAGUGAGAGGUUGGAAUUGAAAGAGAAGGUGUGUGUGGGUGUGGAAGGGAAUGGGAGUGAGACGUUGGGGAGCUUUGUGUUGAGGAAGAAAAUGGGUGGGGUUGAGAAAUCGAGUGGCGUGAAAGGGAAAGUGGGUGGUGAAAAAGGUGGGAACUUUACAAGGAGGAGCAAUGAAGUGGGAAAAGGGGGUUUGGAGAAGGAAGGAGAUGGUGGAAGAUUGAGGAAGAGAAUGCGUACGGUUGGUGAAGUGUUGGAGAGGUCAAAACCCAAGGGGAUUAAAACCGGGGAGGAAAUGAUGACAUUAGCUGAAUUUCAAUCUGAAGUGAAGAGAAAGGCUCAGCAAAAGAAUGUUAAGAUGAAGGAAAAGGAAGAGGACAGAACAGAGAAGAGGAGCAGGCAAGGAGAGAGACUCCGGGGAUUGAAAAAUAAUAAGGGUUUAGAGGUUGGGAAAGUGAGGAUCUUGAAGAAGAGUGUGAAGCUAGCAAUCAAGGAAAAGCAUGAGGCUUCUGUGAAAAGAAAGGGAUUGAGUCUUGAGAAGCAUAGGGAUUCUAGUGGAGGGGAAUUGGAUAUUAUGGCAGUUGUGGAUUCGGAUUUUUAUGAUUUUGACAAAGAUAGAACUGAGAGAAGCUUUAAGAAAGGCCAAGUGUGGGCUGUGUAUGAUGAUGAUGAUGGAAUGCCUAGGCACUAUGCCUUGAUUGAUGAAGCCAUUUCAGCAAAUCCUUUUGAAGUGAGAAUAAGUUGGUUAGAUCUACAGAACAAUGGGGAUGAAAAGAUAAUUAGUAGGGAGCAAAUGGGGUUUCACAUACCUUGUGGGAGAUUUAAAGUUGCCAGGAAGGCUUCCAUAAAUUCAGUAAAUAUCUUUUCUCAUGUUGUAGAUUGUGACCGGGCAGCAAGUGAAGUUUACAAAAUUUAUCCCAAGAAAGGCUCAGUAUGGGCACUUUAUGGUGAGGCAACUCUUGAUGCAGAUGGAAGAAAAGUUGCAGUUGAGGGCAAGAGAUAUUAUGACAUUGUUGUAUUUUUGACAAGUUACAGUGAGAUGAAUGGUCUGAGCAUGGCAUAUCUUGAGAAGGUUGAUGGUUACAAGACAGUAUUUAAGAGACAAGAGAUGGGAAGUCAUGCUAUUAGAUUUCUUGGAAAGGACGACAUCUGGUUAGUUUCUCAUCAGAUUCCUGCACGGAAGUUUUCUUGUAAUGAGACUCCUGAACCGUUAAAAGACUGUUGGGAACUUGAUCCUGCUUCACUUCCUUCAGAUUUACUCACAAUUGGUGGCAUAGAUAACUGAGGUUAGGAAACCUUUUUGAUGAUGAGACUCUGAAUUUUUAAAGACUAUUUGGAACUUGAUUUUUGAUCAUACUUCAGUUCCUUCAUAUAUACUUACUUUUGGAUGGGUUAAAUUAAUGAUCAUAGGAAACUUUUGUCCAACAGAAAAAAUGAUCUUAGAAAUCAAACUGAUUUGUAUAGCUUGACUUUGUUAAAUAUGGAGA